AUGGCUCACAGUGCCCGAAAAUCAAUCGCCUUGGUCGCCUUGCUGGUCGCAAACGAUUGCCCAGCGCUGGCAUUCAGAUAUGCUCCUCUCGGAGCGCAACAUUCGUUGGCGACCAUGUCCUUCAGAUGUCAGGGAUCUGUCGUUGCAAGGAGCCCCUUGAAGCUUCCCGAAACUAGAAGCGUCUCACGAGUCAGAAUGGGGGGCUCGAGGCAAGGAGAUGUCACGUUCGAAUCUCUUCAGGAAUCUCUUCCUCCUCUCAUGCUCAACGUGAUGUUCGGCUUGUCUGCUGUUGCGCUCGCAGGGAUGGUUCUCAAUGGAUACUCUCUCAGUCCCUUGGGUACCUUCAUUGUGACCUGCUUACAUGCCCUCUCCGUAGUCCCCAACUACCUCUUGCGAGCAGGAAAGAGGUUCCCUGAGGCGCGUAUAUUCACGUUAGAAGACAAGGAGUUUGUUUAUCCAUCGAUACAGACGAGGCUGUGCUGCACAGUACUGCAGUGGUUCUUCAACAGGUUCGUUGUUCUUUUCUACGAGCUCCUUUGGGUCUUUCGGUCCAGCAGAUUUUUCCAUCAGUCAGUUAUGGGGUUGAAGUAUAUCAACGCACAGACUGGUCGCGACGUCGGAUGGAAGAGAAUGUUCUUUGGCGUGUUUGUCCUGGGUCACUUCGGGCCAUUCCUUGCCGGAGGGCUAGCAGGAGGGUUGUUUGGAUUGAUUUCAGCGAUUGCCGCCCCUGCUGGCUCUCAGGGUGUCAUCGCCGAGAUGGUUUACUUCGGGAAGGCAGGAUCGAUCCUGCUUGCGUUGCUUCUCAGUGUUCUCAACAUCUUACAUGCUUUCUGGGAUGACAAGAACCGUUUCUACAUGGACAAGAUCUCGUCGACCAUCCUUGUUUACGAUGAACUGAAUAUAAAUCGUAGUGAUUAG